CCAAAUCCGCUCCCCGGCAUCCGUCCACAUUUACUGCGUCCGCCGUCGACCCCUUCCUUCGUUCCUUCCUUCGUUCGUGCACCAGCACCAGCAGCUGCGAGCUGGACUCUUGGAGUGAGUGAGUGAGAGUGAGUUCUCGAGCAAUUCAGAGCGACGGGUGAGAGUGUAAACAUGGCAGAGUCCGGAGUGUCUUACGGGGAAGAGUUCGUUUACAACACCAGAGGCAUGAAGCUUUUCACGUGCCACUGGGUACCUGCCGAGAAGGAAGUUCGAGCCCUCGUCUUCUUGUGUCACGGUUAUGCCAUGGAGUGCAGCAAUUACACCCGUGAGACCGGAAUGCGCCUGGCCAGAGCAGGAUAUGCAGUUUACGGGAUCGACUACGAGGGCCACGGGAAGUCCGAAGGACUUCAGUGCUACGUGCCCAGUUUCGACCAGCUCGUGGCCGACUGCGAUGAAUUUUUUCGAAGCGUCCUCGAUCGAGAGGAGUACAUCAACAAGCCCAGAUUUAUUUACGGUGAAUCGAUGGGAGGUGCAGUUGCAAUUCUCGUCAGUCAGAGGAACCCAAGUCUGUGGAACGGGUUGAUUCUGGUGGCUCCCAUGUGCAAGAUAUCUGAGAAGAUGAAGCCUCCAGGAAUUGUGACUUCGAUCUUGAUGAAGGUGUGCCAUUUCAUUCCCACGUGGAAAAUCGUCCCCACUAAGAGCGUCAUUGACAGCGCCUUCAAGGAUCCGAUCAAAAGAGAAGAGAUUCGAUCCAACCCUAUGGCUUAUCAAGGUCAGCCACGGCUGCUCACAGCCUUGGAAAUGCUUCGUGCGAGCACGGAGCUGGAGAAGAAUCUGGACAAGAUUAGUUUACCGUUUCUGGUUCUACAUGGGGAAGCUGACAUUGUCACCGACCCUGAAGUGAGCAGAGCUUUAUACGACGAGUCUGUGAGCUACGACAAAACCUUGAAGAUAUACCCGGGAAUGUGGCAUGGAUUGACGACCGGAGAGCCCGACCACAACGUAGAGAUCGUGUUCCGAGACAUAACCAACUGGCUGGACAAGAGAGCCCAGGAUGCAGAAACUGUCACCAGUCCCCAACUGCGCAGCUCUGCGCUCGCUUCCUUCGACUCGAAAUUCUCUUCUAGAGGAAUGGAGAUCGCGCUCAAAGGACAACACGACACGCAAAUUCUCCAGGCAGUAUAAAUAUGCCCGGAAUCGAUAUGUCAAUAAGAUUUCAAAUUUUUACCGAUCCAUAUAUUCUGCCGCUCAGAUCAGCAGCAGCAGACAUAUGACGGUGGCGAUGGCAGCUCCCUUGUAAAGCGAAAUCCACGACGUCCCGGGCGCAGCUGGGACCUGCUCUUUAGGAGCCGCAGACAGACCUGGAAAAUAAUCGAGCACGGACAUGGAGAAGGUGCACGUAGCUAAGACCAAUCAACCACUGGAGCAUCAAGCACACAUCUUGUAACUCACAGGUCGCUGAAGAACAUCUGCCCUCAGACCACUAAAAUUUUACCACAAGUAGAGUACUGAGAACAUCCUCGUUACAUUACGUCACGUCCACGAGCGGCUUUGGCCUGCGAAGAAAGAGCCAAAUGCUGGUCUCGGGCGUAGAGUAGUGCACGUGAGGAUCAUCAAUCGGUGUGACAGACGCACAUCAUACGAUACAUAAGAGUACUUGUACAUUACAGAAGAGUAUCACGCUUCCCUUAGCUAGUCGAAUAAGUGGCUGGUGUACAUACGCCCACGGGCCUGGGAUUCGAACAGCAUCUCCGCAGACUGUCGGACUCAAGGCUCUCAGCUCUGUCGACGAAAGAAAGCUGCCGUUGUCGGCUGUUCACAAAUUGUACAGCAGGAUUUUAAAAUUUACGACCUGUCUUUGAAGACAUGUCUACGCUCGAUGCCAUCGUCAGAGAGGCUCCUGCGCGAUUUCAGC